AGAGUAAACCACAAAAUGAAUGUCAUUUUUUUCCUGCUCCUGGGAGCUGCAGCUGCAGCCACCCUGGAUGACAAGAUAGUGGGAGGCUACCAGUGUGAAGCCCAUUCUCAGCCCUGGCAGGUGUCCCUCAAUAUCGGCUAUCACUUCUGCGGAGGCUCUCUUGUUAAUGACCAGUGGAUCAUCUCUGCUGCCCAUUGCUGGCAAAACCCUUAUUCACAGAUUGCCAUUUUGGGUGAUAAUCAUAUCUGGAUGCAUGAAGGUACUGAGCAGUUCAUGGCUGUUGAUGCCAUCUACUGGCACGAGAGUUACGAUUACCAGACCUUCGACUAUGACAUCAUGCUGAUGAAACUGGCACAUCCAGUGGCUAUCAAUGAGUUUGUGAAGCCUGUUGCUCUGCCCAAAGCCUGUCCCACACCUGGAGACAUGUGCAUGGUAUCUGGAUGGGGGAACAUCUACACUGAUCAAGUGUUCAACCCAUUUUACCUCCAGUGUGUGGAAGUGCCCAUAUUGUCCAAUAAAGAAUGUGAGAACUCCUACCCCGGCAUGAUCACUGAGCGUAUGGUGUGUGCAGGAUAUCUGGAGGGAGGCAAGGAUGCUUGUCAGGGUGACUCCGGUGGCCCUCUGGUGUGUAAUGGAGAGCUGCAGGGAAUAGUGUCUUGGGGUCAGGGCUGCGCUCAACCCAACUACCCGGGUGUCUACACCAAAGUUUGUGCUCUCAUGCCCUGGAUCAACGAGAUUCUUUCCAGAUACAGGUGUCCAUCACCUAUCCAGGGUGAUGGACACCCUGGACAGGCCACCAGUCCAUCGCAGGGCCACUUGUCCUUGCCUCCCUCCAGAUAUCCCGCACAGAACACGGAGGUGUUGAUGAUGCCAGAGCCAACCUUCAACACACAAAAUGUUUGUUUUUCCAACAUUCAGAGGUUUUGUUCUGGAAGCUGGUUGGUCACAGAUAACAGUGGGAGGUUUCCUCAUAAGAAAAGUCAAACCACCUUCCUAUAUAAACCAGGACUCCAGACGAAGUUCUCUCAUCAACAAGAUCACUCUGCAACCAUGAGGUCUCUGGUGUUUGUUCUGCUCAUUGGAGCUGCUUUUGCCUUGGAUGACGACAAGAUCGUCGGAGGGUAUGAGUGCACACCCUACUCUCAGCCCCAUCAGGUGUCUCUGAACUCCGGCUACCACUUCUGCGGUGGCUCCCUGGUCAACGAGUUCUGGGUUGUUUCUGCUGCUCACUGCUACCAGUCCCGUGUUGAAGUGCGUCUGGGAGAGCACCACAUCGGCAUCACUGAGGGAACUGAGCAGUUCAUCAGCUCCGCUACUGUCAUCCGUCACCCCGGUUACAAUAGCUUCACCAUCGACAAUGACAUCUUGCUGAUCAAGCUCAGCAGGGCCGCCACCCUCAACGAGUACGUUCAGCCUGUGUCUCUGCCCAGUGGCUGUGCUCCUGCUGGUACCAUGUGCAAAGUCUCUGGCUGGGGCAACACCAUGAGCUCCACUGAUGACAGGGACAAGCUGCAGUGUCUGGACAUCCCCAUCCUGUCUGACAGCGAUUGUGAAAACUCCUACCCUGGAAUGAUCACCGAUUCCAUGUUCUGUGCCGGAUACCUGGAGGGAGGGAAAGACUCCUGCCAGGGUGAUUCUGGUGGCCCUGUUGUGUGCAACGGUCAGCUGCAGGGAAUUGUUUCCUGGGGCUAUGGAUGUGCUGAGAGAGACCACCCUGGUGUCUACGCCAAGGUCUGCCUCUUCAGUGAUUGGCUGGACAGCACCAUGGCCAGCAAUUAAACUGGUUCCUUCUAUAGCCAUCUGAUGCUACUGUUUGUCUAUCAUCAUCCUGAACACCAUGCAGAUACUUUGACACCAAUAAAUAAAUCAUAGAAUCUAA